AGCGUUUAUCAUGGUUCAGCGUCCGCGUUUCCCCCUUACAUUUCCGCUAUAUCUCAUCGUUCUAUAGGCUAUAUUUGCCGACGAUCUAGCAAGCAUAUCAGUUAUCAUAGGAUUCGUCAAUUCUUCCCCCGAGUCUCCACCACCCGCCAAGAUUUCGGCCAUCGGGACCCUUAUCAUGCGCUAAAGACGCGAGCGCCCUCCCCCUCGUGCGGAGAUGCCGUCGGUCAGAACGGCCCUUUCUGGGGCUAUAUCUAUCCAUGGAACCUCGUGUGCCAUAGCCUUCGACCAUUUCUCACUCUCUAUUAUACCACAAGAGCUCUAAGACGGCUCGCCAUAUAUAUAUUCAUUCUCCCAACCCACAAUGGCACUUCUGGAGACACUUGGUCAUCCCUACCUGAAGUCCCUGGCCCAUCGUGGCUACAUUCAGGGCACCACUCUGCACUCCAAAGCAACUAACCAGCCCCUAUGUCACUACUUCGGAUCUGUCCGAUAUGCCCUUCCUCCUCCUGAAAGAUGGCGCCGGGCACAGAAGCUCCCCCAGUCCUAUUCCUACGGCACCAAAGACCAACCCGCCCCAUGCGACCAAGACGCUGCCGUCUGUCCGCAGCCCAGCUUCAUGGGUCGUCCGUACACGAAGGGGUUCACAGAGGACUGCUUUGAAGCCAGCGUGUGGGUACCGCUGGGAGAGCCCCCCAAGGAAGGCUGGCCGGUUCUUUUCUUCAUCCACGGAGGCUGGCUACAAUUCGGCCACCCGAACGGAUUCUCGGCCGCAGCCCUACUAGGCGAUGCUGGACUCAACGCCGUUGUCGUCCUUCCAGCCUACCGGCUGAACGUCUUCGGUUUCUUAUACUCCUCGGAGAUCGAGAAGGACGCCGCCUCCGUAGGCGAAACAGCAGGCAACCACGGCUUCUGGGACCAGCGUCUAGCCCUAGAAUGGACGAGGGACAACAUCAGCCUCUUCGGCGGCAACCCAUCCCAAAUCACCGUCUCCGGAUACUCAGCCGGCGCCUACUCAACAUUCUACCAACUGGCCUACGACCUCCAAUUCCCCGCCUCCCAAGCAAUAAUCAAACAAGCCUGCAUCUGGUCCAACGCCGCCGCCGUGCAGCCCAAGUCUCCAGCCUCCGCCCAAGAACAAUUCGAUCAACUCCUCUCAGCCCUAAACAUUCCCAGCACCCUCCCCUGGGCCGAAAAGAUCUCCCAUCUGAGGUCCCUCCCCUCCCAAACCCUCCUCGACGCCGCCAUGAGCGUGCAACUAAACCAAUACCGCCCGACCUCCGACUCAGCCUUCAUCCAACCCACCCUCUUCAAAUCCCUAGACAGCGGGGCCUUCGCGCGCACCCUCUCCGCACGCAACAUUCGCAUCAUGCUCGGCGAAUGCCGCGACGAGCGACACCUCUACGCCGCCUGGUUCCCACCACAAGCCGACAGUCUCUCCGCUCUCCAUUCCAGACUUCUCGCAGAUUAUCCGCGCCACGUCGUGGACACGCUCAUGAAGCUUCACUACCCGGACGGCAAGUUACCAUCGUGCUGCGAGAACUGGGACAAUGAUGCCUUCGGGCGGGUGUAUGCCAAGAUGCAGGUGCAUGAUAUGCAGCGCGGGCUGAUUCAUGCUCUUGCUAGUGGCGGGGCGGGACAUUUGCUUUAUCGGUAUCGGAUUGAGUGGCGGGCCAAGUGUGUGGAUGCCAAUAUUCCGCCCGACUGGGAGGUUACGCAUUCGAGUGAUUAUCCGAUUUGGUUCUGGGGGAAUGGGCAUGUGUUGGAGCCGGAGGAGAAAGGUGUUAUUCGGCGGGCUUUGAUUGAUCCGUUUAUUAGGUUUGUUCAUGGGGAGGAUGUGAAGUGGGGUACGACGCAUCAUCGGGAGAUGAGGACUUUGAAGCCUGAUGGAUCGGUUGAGAUUGUACAGGAUACUGCGCUUUGGGAUGAGGCGAUGCGCGUCUGGAAGGCGUUGCGGGAGGUGGGAGAACCGGAGGCUUCUGCUGCGAAGCUCUAAAGGAAGGGAUUCAGUAUGGAGAGGGCCUUGAUCCUGUAUAUAUCACAUGAUGUCUAUAUAUGCUGCAUCUACUAGAGACUACGAAUAUCUGGAAGGAUGCUUUAGAAUCACUUGUCAUUCAUAUGGUCGACAUAGUAUGUCCCUGACGACCAUUGAUCGUAAAUAAGCUGUGGCAUAAAUAUGGAAAU